GCAUGAAGGGAUUAAAGCAACAGGAAACGAUCUAAUUCCUUCUCCUCCUUCCGCCAUCCGCUGCCUUUCGGGGGCAGAUUCCGUCAUGAAUUUAAAGAUCCGAGGCUGAGCGUGAACAGGGCGCUUGCUCGUGAUGGUGGAGGGCUGAGCGAGGUUUUGGGGAGAGAGGUGAAGUUUCUGGGAAGACUGGUGUGAAGUCUGAUGAAUUACUCCAAGAAAUGUGCACUUUCCCCUCCUAUAACAGAUACCGAGCGUCUGUAUUCAGUAGUGUUCGAAGAGAUCUGUGGGCGUUUUGGAAAAUCAUAUACCUGGGAUGUGAAAUCCUUGGUUAUGGGUAAGAAACCCCUAGAAUCGGCAGAAAUUAUUCGAGAUGUUCUAGAUCUUCCAAUAACCAAAGAAGAGCUGCUAAAUGAAAGUAAAAUCAUGCAGGCGAAGCUAUUCUGUACUACUGCAUUAAUGCCAGGGGUCGAUAAGCUGAUCCGUCAUUUACACAAACACAACAUACCCAUGGCUGUUGCCAGCAGCUCAGAUGAAGUCUCAUUUCAGCUGAAAACAACCAGACACAAAGACUUUUUUGGUCUUUUUCAUCAUAUUGUGUUGGGAGAUGACCCUGAGGUGAAGUGUGGCAAACCACACCCUGAUCCAUUUUUGGUUUGUGCAAAGAGAUUUCACCCUCCUGCACCUCCAGAGAAGUGUCUUGUGUUUGAAGAUGCACCACUUGGAGUCAAAGGAGCCCUGGCAGCAGGAAUGCAAGUGGUUAUGGUUCCAGAUGAAAAUUUAAAUCCAGAUCUUAAAAAGGAGGCAACACUGCUGCUGAAGUCCAUGGAAGAUUUCAAACCAGAACUGUUUGGUUUACCAGCAUAUGAUUAAUGCCUAUGAACAUCCACUUGACUGGAGAUGGAUUAAAAGUGAAAUGAAAUUUUAUUUUGGUUUUGUGAUUGUUUUUCAUCUUUUACUCUCUUCGUCAAAACUAGAGCACAAAAAUCCCAUUAACACCAAGUAUUCUGCACAGUACCUUUGGAAAAUUGUCUGGAACGUUUAUGAUUUGUCCUCUUGAUAAAUGCUAAAUUAAAGCAGCAUCUCCCUGUGAA